AUGGGCUGGACUUUUCACGGCCACAAACGCGAUGUUGAUGCGGAAAAGCAUCUUAGACGGCUGCACAAGACAACACCGUUUAUCGAAUCCCCGCUAGUUGGUGCCGAUCACGAACACCUCGUCUUCUCUCAACGGCACGAAGCGAAUAGCGUGGAACUUUUCUUCGAUUUGUUCUUUGUUGCCAAUCUUGCGACUUUUACGGCCUACCACUCUAUUACCGACAUCGACUAUCUGCUGGCAUACAUCGGUUUCUUUGGCAUAUUGUGGUCGUGUUGGUUCCAGAUCACACUUCACGAUGUACGGUUUGCGCGGGACUCGCUCUAUGAGCGUGUGUGCAAGACGAUUCAAUUCAUCGUCUUUGUCGGUCUGGCGCUAGUCGGAAGCCAGUUCAACCCAGCGAGCGCGAAAGGUCAAGGAAACAACACUAACUUCCGCAUCCUAUGCUACACCCUAGUCAUAAGCCGUGGUCUUCUCGCCAUCCAAUAUCUUGUGGUGCUCUUCUUCACUUGGAGAGCGAAGUAUACCAAGAUCUACCUCCCGAUCAUUCUUAUGUUCGCCGUCUAUGCGAUCGGUAUGGGUGCAUUCGCUGGCAUGACACCCGCCUUCAAGGUUGAUGGCGAUCAUCGUAGACGCCUAGUCUACCUUGUUUGGUACGUCGUCAUGGUGCUUGAAGCCAUCGCAGUCGUUGCUAUAUCGUGCUUCUGGCGCAUGAUGAGUUUCAAAAAGACCCACUUGAUGGAGCGCAUGAGCUUGUUGACGAUCAUCGUCAUUGGCGAGGGUGCAAUUGGUGUCACAAAGACAGUUAGCAGGAUGAUGGGGAAGCAUGGAUUGGAAGUCGAGGGAUGCUUCUUAAUCAUGUGCAUCAUCGUGGUUCUUGUGUUGAUUUGGGCUCUGUACUUUGACAACUUUCCCCACGGUCACUACGGAACCAUCCGCCAACAGAUAUGGUCGCUGCUACAUUUUCCCUUCCAACUUGCUAUUGUCGGUGUCGUGGAAGGCUCGCAGCAAGUUGCUCUGGCCCGCUACGUUGCCAAAAAUACCAGGAAAGUUACUACUUCCAUCCUCCAAUACUGCCAAACGGAUCAUCUUGACGGUCAAAAACUGCAAGACAAGCUGCAGUACCUUUUGGAGUAUUUCGAGCUCGACAGCAAGUAUGAGACCAAGAGCUUCUACAAUCAAGCUCAGUCGGCCAUCUGGAGUGUCGGUAACGCUACAAACAUCUGCUCUCAGCAAAACACCACGGAGUACAACAUGGGCGAGGAAGAUGACGACUGGCCCGGAGCACUCAAGAACGUAUCUCACCUUCUCAACAACGGCCUAUACACUGGUCUCGGCAUGAAGAUACCAGUCGACAAACUGAAGGACUACAGUCCCCUCGAGGUCGGUCUCAAAGGAUUCGAGCUCGUCUAUCUCUACUUCUGGUCGUCGUUCUGCCUCCUUCUCUUCUGUCUGAUCAUAUUUCUUUUGUUAAUUCGCCGUCACAAGGCCGACCUCUUCGACUUUACGUCCAUCAUAUCCCGCAGUCUUACCCUCGGCGUUGGGGGCGCAAUGUUGGCUCUCAUGGCCGACACAGAGAGAUUACAUGCCGUCAUUGAGUCACCUGCGCUCCUACCAAUUUGCGUCGUAUUCCUCUUCCUCAUCCUAGUCAGCGACAAGCUAAGCUCACUCUAUUGCAACUGGAAACUCCAAAAGAGCGGAAAGCCAUAUGCGUUGGAGUAUGAAGAGCCCGGACACCAUGGACACGGACAUAGUCCUCAUGGAUCCGUGCACGAGACGGGUGCGGCACACGGGCAUGUGCCGCACGACGCGGGGUUGGAAGAGAUGCGCAAUACGGCACGGUGGAGCACACGACCCGAAGACAUGGUGCCACUUACGGCACAAAGCACAGAAUACCACUCGCGGCCCCAAAGCUACGCUAUGGAGCCGCUUGCUACUCCGCCGAUAACGAGCCCCCCGAUGUCAAGCCACGAUCCGCUGGCCCCCCAGGGAUAUAUGGGUCACGCGCCAGCCGGAUAUGCAGCCGUGAGUACGGGACAAAACUACGGUGCGUAG